CUUUAAUCGAUACCGCUGCGCUCCGUGACAAGCCGCGAAAAGAUGCGUCUUGACGGCAUCAAAACAAUAAAACCAGGAGCAAGGACGCUGAAAAAACUUUGGCCCGCACCCAAACUUUAACAAGACUGUAAUCCUAAAUAACUUCCUAGCAGUUUUGAGUGCGCUAGCCUUUUUUAUCUCACUAUAUUAUCGCUAUCGGACGGUUUUUUUUAGAGCAGUCUGAUGAAUUCGCCGAAACAGGACGAAGAUGGUGUGCCCGUAAAAGACCCAGUUAAAUACGGCGAGUUGGUCAUUUUGGGGUACAAUGGCUCUCUCCCCAGCGGAGACCGGGGACGCAGAAAGAGCCGCUUUGCUCUUUACCGAAGAGCCAAGGCCAAUGGUGUCAAACCCAGCACUGUUCACAUCCUCAAUACACCACAGGACAGCAAGGCUGUCAACAGCAGGGGGCAGCACAGCAUCUCCUUUACCCUGUCCCGUAACCAGACUGUGGUGGUGGAGUACUGCCAUGACAACAACACAGACAUGUUCCAGAUUGGGCGCUCCACAGAAAGUCCAAUUGAUUUUGUGGUGACGGACACCUCCGGAGGGGGGAAGGAGGGAGAGGACCCCUCUGUUGCCCCCAGCACCAUCUCACGCUUUGCCUGCAGAAUCGUAUGUGAACGCAACCCACCCUACACUGCUCGCAUCUACGCUGCUGGCUUUGACUCUUCCAAAAACAUUUUCCUCGGGGAGAAGGCCACCAAAUGGAAGAACCCAGAUGGGCACAUGGAUGGCCUGACCACCAACGGGGUCUUAGUGAUGCAUCCAGAGGGGUUCCCAGAGGAUUCCAAGCAGGGCCUGUGGAGGGAGAUCUCUGUCUGUGGAGAUGUCUACGCCCUCCGAGAGACACGCUCCGGACCGAACCGUGGAAAACUGGCUGAGGGGGAGAGCAGCGCCCUUCGUGAUGGCUCCUUGGUGGACCUGUGUGGAGCCACCCUGCUGUGGCGAACUGGAGAGGGGCUGCUCCGUGCUCCCACCCUGCGCCACCUGGAAGCACUACGCCAGGAGCUGAAUGCUGCACGGCCCCAGUGCCCCGUAGGCCUCAGUACGCUGGCUUUCCCCAGCUUGCCCCGAAGCCACAGCCUGGAAGAACGCCAGCCCUGGGUCUAUCUCUCCUGUGGCCAUGUUCACGGACGCCACGACUGGGGCCAGCGGUCCGAGGGAGAGGAGGAGCAAAGGGACGGUGAGGGCUCUGUGACCCGCCGAGAGUGCCCCCUGUGCAGGAGCCUGGGUCCUUACGUACCCCUGUGGCUGGGCUGUGAGCCCGCCGUGUACGUGGAUGCCGAAGCCCCGACCCACGCAUUUGUGCCGUGCGGCCAUGUCUGCUCGGAGAGGACAGCCAAGUACUGGGCUGAGACCCCGCUGCCCCACGGGACCCACGCCUUCAGACCCGUCUGCCCCUUCUGCUCCAUUGCUCUGAGCUCCCCCGGCUGGACGAGGCUCAUCUUCCAGGGCCCCGUCGACUAACCUCCCCACUGCCGACAGCAUCGUAAUAACCACUAACAAAAUAUAAUAAUUUAACAGCAGAGUGAUGGCCGAGCCCUAUAUAUACAGGUUGCAGAAGUUAAACAAUAUCCAAUAUAGAACGGUCUUUGAUAGAGAGGAUCUGACACCACUUUUCACAUGUUAGAGAAGCGUGCUUGUUCCUCACUCAGUCUAAACAUUGCCCAACAUUGUGCUGCUGAAUUCAGGCUGAAGACUCCCUCUCCUUGUUUCUUCCUCAUUAUUGUUCAUCUGCGUAGGAUCUAAAUAGGUUGAUAAAAUAUGAUUUAAGAGAUAUCAGUAAUGAGGUGGAUACACGGUGGGGAGCAUACCUGUUCUCCUACAGAUUUUCAAGUAGAUAAGGCCUAGUUUAUAAACUUAGGGCGAAAUGCACCUCAUAACCCUCAAAAAGCAAUAAUAGCACUUCCAUGCAAUAUCUUCCUCAGAUAAGCUAGCUGUUGUGCUAUGUUUAGCCAAGUGAUGGACCACAGAUCACUUCAGAUGAGUCCGGUCGAGGUUAACGGCUGGGAAAGGCUCAGCCAGAGGUGUGUUCAACCCAAUUUUCUUUCAGCUGGGGUCUUGGACCAUGGAUCUGUGUGUACGUUAAAGUAAAUUAAGCUGCAACCCUACAAUUUCAAGAUGAGAAACUGAGCAACUUUCUAAAUACAUUUGAAUACUUCUCUGAGAUGCAUUUUAAGGUUGUCAGACGGGGAUGCGAACAGGUGCCAGUGCACGACAUGCUAGCUAGCCUCGUCAAAUGAUGGCAGACGCUACGAGAUAUAUUGCCACUGCGUUAAUUUGAACACACUUCUGGUUUGUGACUGAAUUAUGAUACACAGGGUCUAUGUUGGGAGUGUGGCUGGUGGUCAAAGGGUAUGAUGACCUUACAUAACCUCAAAAGACAACUUGUUUUGUUUCAAAGAAAACUAUUUUGUUAGGAAAUGGGGAGGGAUUUAUUUUGGGGAAAUGGGGAGGGAUUCUUUUAGAUGUUUGGUGUUUAAAAAAAAAACUAUUUUUCUAUUUGACAGUUGUUUUAGUUAACUGUUUUUUCUCAGUGUAAGCAAGUUCUGUGUGUUUCAGAAUAUUAUCGUGUGGUAGAUCUAGGAGAGCUUUUGAGUGAGAAAUUAUUGCCAACACUGUGUCACACACACUCAACACAACCAUAAACAUUGCCCUGACAAUGAAUGUAGCCAAAUACUCGGGCUAUGUUUAGCCUUCCCAGGUGCUCAUAUUGAAUUGUCUAUAUUGUGAUACUAUUUUUGUAACUGAAUAUUAUGGUGUAGCUUGAUUAUGGUUAGCUUGAGAAGUCAAGAUUGUUGUCAGUAAUAGCCUCAAGAGUGGAAGACGUACAAUUAAUAUUACACCCCCACAUGAAAUUAAGUCUAGCUUGCAUGUGCUGAACGUAACACGUAUGUACACUACACAUUCUCUAUACCCAUACGCAUACAGACACGUUCUCUCACGAUUUUGCACGGUGGAUUGUCAAACUGUAAUUUCAACGCUAAGAGCGUUAUUCCCCCGGUGAGACGAGAUAGGCCGAGAUGUCUUCCAUGUCCUCAGCCACCACAAUCACAGCGAUUCGGCUUUUGGAAGACUGGUCCGGGGGGAAAAAAAAGCCCCACUCUUUAUACUUGACAGAUGUGUGACAUUUAUGAAUGAGAAACCAGGAAUUACCGCUUUUGACGACUAUGCUAAUACUUUCCACUUAACCUCAUCACUGCAGAAAUUUGACCAUAUAAACAACUGUUUUCUUUUUGUAUUUAGACUAAAGAAACAGGAAUAUUUCAUCCCUACAAGACCAUCACUGGCAAAAUAUGUUUACAAUGGAAAAAAUAAGUCACAUUUAGAAUCUGAAUACAAGAUUAAAACACUUGGUUAUGGCUAAACAAUGCAGUGUUGUCAGUUACUGUAGCUCAGGAUUAGUACGUUACUCAGAAAUUUGAGGUGGACAGCUGGCCAGCCAUGCAACAAGGCUGGCAAACAUACAUCACCGAGAGAUCAUGUCAGCGGUUUAUUUGAGCAUGGUGCAGAAUUUCAACUCUUUGAAAGAGGCGUAAAGAUCUGAAAAGGUGUCCUUGUUAAUUGCAUAACUACAGGGGACACACAGCAGAUCAGAGAGGUCAGUCCUAUACUUAACAUACGGGUAGUAAUAAAAGGGUUGUUGUCGGGGGGGUGUAGUGAACCCAGACAGGUUCACCAACCGGGAUAUGAACACAUCCACAUAAGCUGCCCUUUACUAAACACGCCAAAACCACUGGAGUCUGCCCCAGUAAAUCCUGCUUUUGAAGACAUGAUAUAUAACUAUUGUCAUUGGCAUGUGGAUGGAGAAAUGGUUGCAGCACCUUUUGGGCUAAUUUGUUUUGGGGAUUUUUUGGCAUGAAAUGUCUCAUUUUAAUGUGAAUCUGAUUUCCUUUGCUAUCCUUGUACUUGAGGCUUGGUUUAAACCAGCCAUGGGUUUGAAAUCACCCAUGUGUAAGAAUGAAAUAGUCCUUUUUUCCCCUUUCCGUUCAUGGCAGAUGUGCACCAAUACCCCUUUUCAUCGCUAAUGUCGGGUACAUCAGUCUAACCAGCAGCUGAGUUGAAGUGCAAGUCUUUUAAUGCAUAAUGUAGAAAUGAACUAUUAACACAGAUAGCUGGAUUUUUUAAAUUUUAAAUAUUGAUCAUGUUUGGAAAGAGAUCUAUCAUCACUUUGUACAAGGAAAUUGUAGAAAAUCGUUUCACUUGGUGUAUUUUUUCUUUAGAAAUGCCUUUUUUCCAUUUAAUUUUUAUGUUUAAAUUCUUUUGUUAUCAAUAACCUAGUUUAGUCUCAUCAAUUGAAAAUCUUACAGGCAACCACCAUGGGUAUUGGUGCACCUUAAGUUCCUUGCUUUUCUAUAUACUUUACUGCCCUUCAGCCCCGAUGCAUAGCUUUUAAUUUCUUUUAAUUCACAUUUUUUAUUUGCUAACCCUAUAAUACCAUUGAAGUUCUCACAGUUGUAACACAUUCCUUGAUAAACUACACUACAUGUACAGCUGUUUAGUAUUACUUUUAUAUCAUACCUUUCUGUAAUGCUCUGGUGCACAGACAAUCGCUAUACACAUGUCAAUAAACCUGCUAUA